CAACCCUCGUCAUUACGCUGCUGGCUCUUGAGCGUGUGAGUCGUCGCGCGCGGAUUACGCCCAGGAUAAUCGGAAUCGGAAUUGCACUCGCCUCACCAGCGCCUUCCACCUCGGGUAUUGGCAGCUUUAGAUUCAGUCGAUUGGCUGCCCUCAAGGUGACAGGACAGGCAGCGCGCAGUGAACAGUGGACACUGAGUGAACACUCCCCGAGAACUCUUAGUGAACCCGCAGUGAACACCCAGUGCACAAGCAGUGAACUCGAAACCCAGACAAUAUUCAUUACACCCCAAGACCCCAACAUGGUCAUGUUGCAGUCGCCGGCGCAAAAGGCCAGCGAUAGUGCAUCCUCCCAGAACACAGCCGUCGGCGGGCUGAUGAGUCCCAACUCGAAUCCGGACUCGCCCAAGUCCAACACCUCGCCGGAGGUGGCCAGUGCGGACGGCGUGGUGGCCGGAACAGGAGGUGGAGCCACCACAACCACUCCGCCGGCGGCCAAGAUACCCAAGUUCAUCAUCAGUGCCAACGGCUCGGCGGUGGAGGGCAAGAAGGAGCAGGAUCUGCGCUACUCCCUGGAGCGGCUCAAGCAGAUGAGCAGCGAUUCGGGCAGCCUGCUGAGCCGCCUCAGUCCGCUGCAGGAGGAGGCGCCACAGGACAAGGAGAAGUCCGUGAGCUUCACCACGCCCGCCCAGCAGCGCAAGCUGCUCGAGCUGAGUGCCGUGCGCCACCUGGCCAGACCCGAGCCACUGCAGCACCCACACGCGGCCCUGCUCCAGCAGCACCCGCACCUGCUGCAGAACCCCCAGUUCCUGGCCGUCGCCCAGCAGCACAUGCACCAGCAUCACCACCAGCACCAUCAGCACCCACACCAGCAUCCUCAUCAGCAUCCCCAUCCACAUCCUCAUGCGCAUCCGCCAGAGGUCUUCCACUUGAGGGCGCCCACCAGCAGCAGCACCACUACUCCACCCUCGCCGGCCACCUCGCCUCUGUCGCCGCCCACUUCCCCGGCCAUGCAUUCCGACCAGCAGAUGAGUCCACCCCUCGCUCCGCCCCAGAAUCCGCCGCAGCAGCAGGUGGCCGCUCCUCCAGAGAUGGAUCUCGAGCGGAUCAAGCUUGUGGCAGCGGUGGCAGCUCGCUCCACGGCCCAGGCUCCCAGCACUUCCGCCUCCGCCUCGAACUCGAACUCGAACUCCGUGUCCAACGCCACCACCUCCAUCUCCAACUCCAGCGCGGGCUCACCCAGUGGCCGGGAUCUGAGCGACUACGGCUUCCGAAUACAGCUGGGCGGCCUGGCGGCAGCGGCGGCUGCUGCGGCAGCCACUUCGCGACAAAUAGCGGCGGCCAACUAUGCCAGGAGCGACACCAGCGAGGAGCUCAACGUCGACGGGAACGACGAGGACAGCAACGAUGGGUCCCACAGUGCGCCGUCGGUCUGCCCAGUGGACCUGACGCGAUCGGUGAACAGCAGUGCGGCGGCGAAUCCCAGUUCCGCCUCGACGAGUGCCUCCAGCGAGCGGGACGCGGCCACCAAGCGCCUGGCCUUCUCCGUGGAGAACAUCCUGGAUCCGAACAAGUUCACGGGCAACAAGCUGCCCAGCGGCCCCUUCGGCCACCCCAGGCAGUGGAGCUACGAGCGGGACGAGGAGAUGCAGGAGCGGCUGGACGACGAUCAGAGCGAGGACAUGUCUGCCCAGGAUCUGAACGACAUGGAUCAGGACGAUAUGUGCGACGACGGCAGCGAUAUCGACGAUCCCAGCAGCGAGACGGACUCCAAGAAGGGCGGCAGUCGCAAUGGGGACGGAAAGUCGGGGGGCGGCGGCGGAGGAGGUGGUUCCAAGCCCAGGAGGGCCCGCACCGCCUUCACCUACGAGCAGCUGGUCUCGCUGGAGAACAAGUUCAAGACCACCCGGUAUCUGAGCGUCUGCGAGCGGCUCAACCUGGCCCUCAGCUUGAGUCUGACAGAGACGCAGGUCAAAAUCUGGUUCCAGAACCGUCGCACCAAGUGGAAGAAGCAGAACCCCGGCAUGGACGUCAACUCCCCCACCAUCCCCCCGCCCGGCGGCGGCUCCUUCGGCCCUGGGGCCUAUGCCAGCGGACUGCUCUACUCGCACGCGGUGCCCUACCCGCCCUACGGGCCCUACUUCCACCCCCUGGGCGCCCACCACCUCAGCCACUCGCACUCAUAAAAUUGCAAGAUGCAACAGCGAUUGUUGCAACUCUUCGAAAAGCGCGGCAGGCCGGAAGUGGGUGCUCCCACUUCCGUUUCCGCAACCGGAAGUGGCUCACUGGU